AAAACUAUGACAGGGCUGGACAGGAAUCUUACCCCUCUCCAGAAAUGUCCAGAACAAUGUCUCAGGUAUGCAGUUGACCAUUCAAACUGAGAUGAGAAGAAAUGUCUUCACUCGGAGCAUGGCGGACCUGUGGAAUUCUCUCACACUGAAGAAUAUGGAGCAAAGUCAUGGAAUAUAUUUUAAAAAGAACUAGAUUUCUAGAAGACUAAGUUUACAAUCAGUCCCUGAAGAUGUGGGGAUACCAUUGGUGCUGGGCGUUGCUGAUGCUGGUGAGCUGUACACGCGAUGUAAAGAGCUCAGCAUUUUACCGGAAGGAUGAAGCAAACAGAGUGCUGAGAGUUCAGAAGCGAGCGAACUGGUUCUGGGAAGAGAUUAAGCCAGGUUCUCUGGAGCGAGAAUGCUAUGAGGAAUCCUGCUCAUUUGAGGAAGCAGAAGAAAUUUACAAAUCUCGAGAGAGAACCAUGGAGUUCUGGUUUUCAUACAAGAAUCUGAACCCUUGCAAAUCGACACCAUGCUUAAAUGGUGGUUUGUGUCGGGUCUCGAGCUACAAUUAUGUCUGCCUCUGCCCUCCACUGUGGAAAGGACAGAAUUGUGAAAUAGAGAAUCUGGAUUGUCAAUAUAAGAAUGGCUACUGUCAGCAGUACUGCAACAUUGACAAGGCAACAGACAGGGCAAGAUGCAGCUGUGCUGAAGGUUACCGACUAAAUAAAGACCAACAGAGCUGUGUUAAAAUUGUCACAUAUCCGUGUGGGAAGAUACCUCUGUAUGGUACACAAACUCGCUCCCUGGACGAGGAACUUUCUCUCAAUGAAACAGACACGGAUUCUGACUAUUUAGCAAAGUUAAAUUACACUGAAGAUGUUCAUACACGAAUUGUUGGUGGAGAUCUUUGUAGACGAGGUCACUGUCCUUGGCAGGUAUUGAUAAAUAAUAAAUAUGAUUAUGGCUUCUGCGGUGGGAGUUUGAUUAACAGUCGUUGGGUUGUGACUGCAGCUCACUGUUUUGACACAGUGUUGCCACACUCAGUUACAGCAGGUGAAUUUGACAAACUUCAAACGGAGAUCUGGGAACAGAAGGUUUUAGUGAAGAAAUUUCUAGUGUAUCCUCAGUACGACCCAAUACUGUACGACAAUGACAUUGCUCUUUUGUACUUGAGUCAGCCUGUGAAUUUUAGCUUUUCCAUUGCUCCAAUUUGUCUACCCAACUACAACCUGGGCCAGCUCCUACUGAAGGAUGGGAAAGUGGGGACAGUGAGUGGCUGGGGCUCAACCUAUGAAAGAGGCCGGUCAUCCCGAUUCUUGAGGCGAGUCCAAGUUCCAUACGUUGAACAGGAAGUUUGCAUAAAGUCAACCAAUUUGACAGUUACAGAUAAUAUGUUCUGUGCUGGAUACAAAGUUGACAAUAUGGAUUCCUGUCGAGGCGACAGUGGAGGGCCCUAUACUGUUUUAUAUCGACAAACAUGGUAUUUGAUUGGCAUAAUUAGCUGGGGUGAGGGCUGUGCCAAAGUAGGAAAAUAUGGCAUGUACACAAGGGUACCUGGUUACUUGACAUGGAUAUAUGAAACUUUAUCACAACAUAGCUACUAAGACAUUGAAUUCUGAGUAAUCAUUAAUUAGCAUGAACAACAGCACAACAGAAAGAGCAGACACAUGUCUAAAGCACUCGGUCACAGGAAAAUCAUCUCAGCAGGUCACAAAAGUACAAUUUAACUUUAUUUAGAAGAUUAGUACAGGUUAGUUUAGUACAGGUUAGUUAUCAGCAAGUGGUAUAGUCAAUAUUAUUCGAGCUUAGAAAUUUCUGCUUUGGCAUUCACUACUUGUAAUGCUCAAUUCACUCAAUGGAUCGUUUCUGUUGAAAACACCUUUGCGCUUUAACAUUGAAACAAAUGCCAUUCACAUUGAUGGGACAGAACUGAAGCUCAUGGCAGUAAACAAAGUUAUCAACCAUCACAUACCACUGACCAACGGUCCCCUUAGAUUACAAUCUGAAUUGAACUGAGAGAGUUUAGGCAGCUUUCACUGGUUCUGCAGUAGAAAGCAUGGCAAUAUCAUGGAAUAUGAUUUUAUGUUGCAUUAAGUUAGAGUUUAAAUUAGCUUUAGAGUUUUAAUUUGUAAUCUAACACUUACAUGCAGUUUAGAUCCAGAACAAAUAAACUGCUCUGCAAAAACUG